UACAUUUUGUUUAUACUUACAUACAUAUACAGUUAUAUAUAUAUAUAUGAUAUACACAGAGAUAUACGUAUAUUUUAUGUUUCAAAUUUCAAUCAGCUAUUUGUCUGUCUCUAUAUUUCUCUCACUCUAGAUCUUAGAUCGGAACCAAAGCGUGUCGGAUUGUGCUGUCCCAUGGAGGCUUCCUCACCAUCCACGAAUGCGUGCAAUGAGUCAAAUGGGAAUAGUUUGAAAAUAGUAAGACGAGUAGUAGUAGCAAACGAGAUUGAAACCACAACCACCGCUCGGAGGUGGUCUUCUUCCUCCAUCCCUUCAUCCAUUUUCUUAUUAUUCUUUUUCCUUCUCUUCGCUUCUCAAUUCACCUUCCUCGUCGCUUCGCGGUCCGUACCCACCAUUAGUCCUAUCUCUCCACCACCGUCAUCGUCAGUAUUAAAGACCACACAGCCAAAACACACUACCCACUUGGCAAUUGAACUUAAAAUCCUCAUACCAAUCCUCGUCUCUGCUCUGUUUCUCGCUCUUCUGUUCGUCAUGGGCUUUCUCAAGUUUCUCAGAUUCAGGAUUAGACGCAAACGCAGCAUAGUUGUUGUCGCCGGCGAUGGAGAUCAAGACCGCCGUGAAAAGUCGUCUAUUGUUGAAAGUUCGUUGAGGAGGUUCAGUUGGGACGAAGUUCAGAGGCUGACUAUGAAUUUCUCAUCGGUGAUUGGAUCGGGUGGAUUUAGCACGGUUUAUCUUGCUCAAUUCUCGGAUUCCACUUUGGGUGCUGUCAAAAUCCACAGUAGCAGCGAGCGUCUCAACCGAGCUUACAAGCAGGAACUGGAUAUCCUCCUCCGCCUCCGCCAUGACAACAUCGUCAAGCUUCUGGGUCACUGUGAUGAUCGAGAAGAAGGUGUUCUUGUGUUCGAGUAUGUUUCCAACGGAAGCUUGCAAGAGAAACUCCAUGGCGGAAAUGGGUCGGUGCUUUCGUGGAAGACUCGGAUGGCGAUAGCGUUCCAGCUCGCGCAAGCGAUUGAAUACCUCCAUGAACAGUGCGACCUUCAGAUCGUCCAUGGCGAUAUUAAAGCUUCCAACAUACUGCUCGACGAAAUGCUGAAUUGCAAGCUCUGCGAUUUUGGGUCUGCGAAGAUGGGGUUCUCUUCCACUGUUUUGCCACCGUCGUCGUCGUCGGCGAAGACAAAGCAACUGAUGAUGGGUUCACUCGGAUACGUCGAUCCUCUCUAUAUGAGGACCGGAAUCGCAUCGAAGAAGAACGAUGUGUAUAGUUUUGGGGUCAUUGUUUUAGAGCUCAUUACGGGGAUGGAGGCCUUUUGCUCGGAAAAGGGGAAGAUGCUGACGUCGAUCGCCGGACCGAUGUUGGUGGGCCAUGGGUCGGGGGCGGCGGCGGUGGCGGAGAUGGCGGAUCCUCGUCUUGGUGGAGGAUUUGACUUGGAGGAAUUGAAGGUAAUGGCUUCGAUUUCAGGGCUUUGCCUUGGAGUUUCGCCGGGAAUCAGGCCAUCUGCGUCUGACAUAUUGCGAACUAUGAGAGAGAAAAUCACUUCCAUUUCAUUCUUGUUCUCAGAGGGUAAAAAGGUUUGAGGAAUGUCAAUUGAAUUUAACCUGUACAAAGAAAGAUUAAAGAAGAUAUAUCAUUCAUUGAUAGUGAGAGUGAGAUUGUGUAAAUUUGUAAAGGAAAUCAAAGGAUUAUGGGACACUCAUGAGUUGUUUAGUGGACAAUUUCAUCUUAAGCAUGGCUUUUCUUUC